GAGUAUUGUUCUCAACAGGACUUAUCCAUUUACGACUUUGAUGCGAUUUUGACGCGUGUACUUUGAGGGCACGAAGGAUUUAAUUAUAUUCCUUCUAUAUUUGCGAACUUUUGCACCCCCGAUUUUAUGUUCUAAACUAUCAGUUUUGACGAGCAGAAUAGCAGCGACAAUGGCUGCGUCGGAGGGUCCUAACCUGCAAGACUGGAACAUCAGCAAGUCUGCGUUUCUACCUCCUGCGAACCGCGGAUCGAUUCGUGCCUGGGACCGUGCGAAGGUUCCCUCACGUGCCCCUCGACUACACGGCAAGAAGGUCUGGAAGAAGGUUGCUCGAGCCUUUGAGAAAGACCCAAAUAAUGAGGAGGCACAGCUGGAGUUGCAGAAGGAGGGCAUGGGGUCGAGGAAGAAGAUGAGAGCUAUCAGCGCGAAACAGAACAUAAGGGAUGCGGAGUGGGAUGGCACAGAGUGGGAGGGUUUCCCAGACGAGAUCAGCACUGCUGCUGAAGGCGCGGUACACGCUGGGGAUGACGAAAGCUUCAUGCAAGACGACCUCAAGUUUGUGCCGAGGAAAAGGAGGAAUAACAACAAGGUCGUCUCGCCGAAGAAGUCUCUCCGCCAAACCACACUCAACAUACAAGCACAACCCGACGCGAUGCAAAUAUCCCACGAAGGCGCCAUUAAGAGAGCUACGCGGCCGCGGAAAUCUGUACGAAAGAGCCUGAGGAGAUCGAUGCUUGUCGACACCGAAUCUGUUACAAUCCCUCCUCAGACCGAAUCUCCAAAAAUCGUCCCGGAUUUCAACCUAGCGAACGAAGCCUCAAUGCUGGAAGUCUUUUCACCAGUGAUUCGGUCACCUUUAAAACCUCCCGGAAAGAAACAGAGGGUGCGCGCCGCGAAAGAACAGAGGUCAAGCGCUGGAGGGGACCUUAGGCUCUCUGGAGCUUUCUUCGCUGGUACUGAUAAUGAAGGCUCAGCACCCAGUGGUCCCAGUACAGAAAAUGCAGGGAUCGCGGGAACCCCUGUUCGUGCCGCAAAGGCGACAGCAGUUCCAGCGACUGCCCCUCCAAAGGUCCAUCUCAGCAGGAACGAACUCGAGAAGCAGAUGGUGAACUUCUUCACCCCUAUCGCGAAGAUGAAGAAGGUGAAGAGGCGGUCAUCUCCUAUCAAAAGCUAUCUGCAGGAGCUUCUGGCAAAGAAAUCGCUACCUCUGGAGCCUUUAGAGAAGGAAACGGAAGAGCGUUUGGCAUUGGCUGACGAGCGUAUUUCUAUUGGGGCUGUUGAUAUAGAACAGGACCAAAAACAAGACGACGAAGCUUCUACAGAGCCUGCCUCUUCUGACACUGACGCCCCAAGCACUGAUGAUGUUCAAGAAACACCGAGUCCUACAGACACUACAUCAGAAGAACAGGAAACAACGGAUGCUGAGGCUAAUGAUGCCUCCGAAAACCCAGAGCCAGCAGAAGCUGACCACACCCCUCCCACCCAGCCCGAGCAACCCGUCUUCGAGCACACCGAGGACGCCACGCACUCGGACAGCCCAUCCGAAUCAAGCGAGUCCGCAGACUCCCACGAGAGCGCUGAGUCCGCCGAGUCCGCCUCCUUCACACCCCCGGGAGUAGACUACGACCACGACGACACCGAUAUGCUCCGCUCCUUCCUCACCCGCGUGCAAGCCUCAAAAGCUUCCAAAUCCUCGCCGAAGCGCAAGCGCUCCCCGCACUCCCCGCUGCGCAUCCCGCUGGGGGAUAUGGAUAGCAACCUCUCCCCUUCCCCCGUGAAGACUGCCUCUAUAGAGCCCGUCGACCCGACGUCCAGCUCGCCUGUUAAGCGCUCCAAGCGACUUAACUCGUCGGGGAUUGCUGAUGAGCCGACGGAGCCACAGAGCUGUCGGCGCAGCGGCCGCACAAGGCUCCCUGUUAAAUCAGCGGCGCCGGGCGCACCUAGUUUUAUCCCAAUGAGGAGGCUUGGGGGAGAGGAUACGACACUCACGCUUGGGGGGAAGAAUGAGGUGAAGGAACUCGCCGCGCUAACGCGAGUGAAUACACGGAAGAAUAAGGCGGGUGCAUUAGGCGCCAUGGAGUUGCUAGCGAAGAAGGCAGAGGAGAAGGAUGACCCCGUGUUGAGGCAGAGAUUGCUGAAGGAGAUGUUUGACGAGAAGGAGAAGAAAGGAAAGGGUGGGAAGGCGAAGAAGGGAGUGGUGUGGGCGGAGGAGUUGACAUGUGUGAGGGAAUUUGACGAGAAGAAGAUUAUUUCGAAGGGUAUUGCUGGGCCGAAGGGGGCGAAUAAGAAGAAGACGGUAGUUGUGGAGGAAGAUAAGGAGGAGAAGGCGACCAAGGUUAGGGUCGGGAUGGCGAGUUCGAGGGAGACCAAGAUCGCGCUCGGGAUGGGUGUUAAUGGGACGCCGGCGCCGAAGAGGCGUAUCCGGGAGCCGAGGGUGAAGGUGUGAAAGGGGGCCAUAUACGCGGACAUGUGAAUACGGGAGAGGAGUUUGAUUCAAGGCGUUUAGUUUAGUUUCCCGCGAAGUAUAGGCGUUUCAUGGCUAGGACAGAUGGGCUGGAUCGGUGGAAGGGAAAUGAUGAAGAUGUUCAAACCACCAGCUUGGCGUGUUACGAGUACUACAGUAUGUCGCAGCAGCCUGCGAACCUGGGGAAGCUGAGAUGUCGCAACUGUUCCUCCUUUCGUCCCUCCAGAGUCGUUGCCACCAUGCGUCGCCCUCACCGACCUCGCAUCGCCUUCACAAGUACAGUACACUGCUCUGAAUCAACGCGUCUCCCACUUCGCCCCAGCCCGUAUAGCCCCCUUGUAAACCCUCAUUCCCCUGAUCUCCCAGUAUGCACUGCAACCUCACAACCAUCCACCCAAUCUGCCGGCCGCGGAGUCACAGCCGUUAUCGCAUUCCCCGGCACGCCCGGAUGAGUGUAAUUACCAGCUGGAGAAAAAGGUACUGUACUGGAGGGAGGUGUGAGGGGAGAUCACCAGCAUCGCCGCAUGCCAGGAACAGACGCGAGACGAAGCGGAUGGUGACAGUGCCGGCUGCCGUGUUGAGGCGUAUUUUGGACGCCUGUGAGGCUGAAGACGGGAAGAGGCGUUUCGACGGUGAGGGGGGGGGAAGGCGAGGCCGAGGAUGGGACGGUGGGAUUGUUGUGGGGGAGAGGGGUGGUGGUGGGUACGGGGGAUUGGGGGGGUGGUUACCUAACCACCCCCCCAAUCAGUAGGUACUGAUUGCUGUGAUGUGCUGGAUGGAUGUACUGUACCUUACGAGUCGUGGGGAGAUAGUGGAGUUAUGUUUGAUAUCCCUCACAGCGAUAGAUCGUCCUGUUGGUACUGUUGUUGUCGUAGUUGUUUACUUUGCAGAAAAAUUGGACGAGACAUCGUUCGUGCUCCAUCUGGCUUUCCUUGCUUUUAUUCAGCACAGGUAACCCGUUGUAGUGCUGGACAGGACAAGAGACAGGACAAGAGACAGGACAACUUUCUGUCCCGUCUAGUCGACAGUAUUGUCUCUCUCCCGAGACAUGCAGCCGCCACUACUUCUGAAGCACCCGUCCCAGUCCCGGUAGGCUAAACCCCUAGCUCCGCCCAUCGACAGGUGCGCACCAACCCGCCCGAGUCAGUGGUGGACAGUAAGUAGGUCCUCUGUAGCUCUGUGGCAGCCGAAAGAGGUAAGUAAGCAGGUUCGAUGCAUGCAACGGCGGGGGAUCGGCCGGGUCCCCGCGUAGUGCCUAGGCGCUGCCGUCGUCUGGGAAUG